UCCACCACCACCACCACCACCACAACCACCACCGCUAACUCCUCCUCCUCCCUCCAGGUCUUCUGACUGCUAGAGCUUCCCUCAGAUAAACAAUACACUUUCACAUAACAUCUCCCACGUCUGUAAGUAAACAUUACUCAUUGCUCUUGUUCUGCUUGCUUGCCCGGCGUCCCGCGCGCCAGCCAGCCAGCCAGCCCAACUCUACCCCUACCCCCAUCCUUCCGUGCGCUGCAAAGCCACUUGCCUGCUUCCCGUUGUUACCGUUGCUGUCCUGCUGCCACCAGCCUCCCUGUCUCCCCUUGCUCGCGCUCUCUUCCUCUCUCUCACACAUCGCUCCUUAAUGUUCGUUUCUCCCCCACAACCCACCGCGACAAACAACUAGCCUUUUGUCUCCUCUCCCUUCCCGCCACCACACGUCUGACUACGAGCGCGCUGUCGGAUUUAACCCUUUCCCGCCGCGUCCGCUAACGAGCAGGGGUGCUCGCCCUCACAGGCCAAAAUGGACUCGUCGGAUCCUCCUCCUCUUCCAUUACACACUACGUCGUCGCCUCCGAUGUUCAAUACCCCGUUCGAGGGUAUUCCGAUCGGCCUGCAACCAUCCACUUCGGAUGCGGCCUCGACGACCACCCUUGCAACCACGACAGCCUCCUCCCCCGCUGACGACGACAAUGGCAGCUCCCUGCGCACAACACCGGAGGUUGUGAAGGGCACCAGUUCCCUCAAGAAGCUGCACAAUGCGCUCGAAUCCCAAGUCUCAAAGCAAAUUGAGGUUGAGGCCGCUGAGGUAGACGACCAGCCAACCGGCACGGUGAUCGCGACGAAGGGUCAGAAAGCGAUCUCAACAACGCGUCGCUGCAGCCAGCGAAUUAAACACAACGUCCUUACGACCACGACCACCACGACCGCCACGACCACGACCACCGCGACCACCACCGCCGCGAUCGCUGGAAAGAAGUCUGCAGCCGUCGCGCCUACCCCUCCUGCCACUCCCGCGCAGACCAAUCCCUCUCUCUCUCCGCGCUCGGAGACCCCCGCCGAAGAUGACGAUUUGCCCAGUAAGACGCGUGCGCUCCGCUCCACCGCGAAGAAGCCGGUUAUCAAGGAGCCCAAGUCUGCAAAGGAACUCCCGCGCAGGGCCAGCACGCGAGUGUCGGCGCUUAACGCCAUCGCCGCCAUGACCACCGCUGCAACUCCAAAGACUCAAUCCGUCAAACGAGCCCGGUCGAGCGAGACCGCCGACACCGAGGCUGCCGACGCGAAGACAGGGGGUGCGAGGAAGAAGGCUAAGGGAGAGACGCAGGCGGAGGAGGAGGAAUCCUCUGUCAAGUCGACGUCCAAGAAGCCCUCAAAGGCCAUGUCAGUCACACCUGCCGAUGAGGAGCCGGAACUACCAUCAAAACGUAAGAAGGUGUGGAUGAAUCAGGGUUUGUACGUUGGCCAGGAGGACGAUGGCGCUAGCUUGAAUUUGCGGCCCGCGUCGAAGAAGGGCAAGGGAAAGAAGCAGCGACCUAAUUCCCUGCCACUCCCGAUGUUUCGCGGGAAAGACAUCAUGGAGAAGAAGAGAGAUUUCAAGCUCCCAUACGCUGUGUUUGCGCCGAGCGGGUCCAAGUGCCCGGCACCUCCGGUUUGGAGGAAGCUUAGCCACAACCAGUUGAUUGGCGAUGCCAAAUAUAUCUGGAAGAGGGAGGGGGCAUCCACCGUUAAGUGUGUUUGCACUGAAGAUUGCAGCGAAUCGUGCCUGAACAGAUGCACCUGGGUUGAGUGUACAGAUCUCAACUGUGACCUUGGUCGCAAUUGCAGCAAUAGGUCGUUUGCCGACCUUAUGGAUCGUGUCAAAUCGGCCAAGGAGUUUGGCAUAGGCGUGGAGGUGUCACAGACUGGCAAUCGUGGAUAUGGCCUUCGGGCUCUGAGGUCGUUCCAGCCAGGACAAAUUAUUGUCGAGUACUCUGGGGAGAUCAUCACCCAGGAGGAGAGUGAGCGCAGGCUGGACGAGGUUUACAACAACAACACGAACUACUAUCUGAUGUUGUUUGACCAAAACAUGAUUCUGGACGCCACCAGAGGAUCGGUAGCGCGUUUUGUGAACCAUUCGUGCGAUCCUAACUGUACCAUGGAGAAGUGGGUUGUUGGCGGACAGCCCAGAAUGGCCCUCUUUGCUGGUGACAAGGGAAUUGAUGCUGGUGACGAACUCACCUACGACUACAACUUUACGUGGUUCAAGGGUGUCACGCAGUGCCCCUGCAAAUGUGGAUCCGAUAAUUGCCGCGGUGUCCUGGGCAAGCGUAGCGAUAGGCUCGGCAUCACUCCGCCCCAGAAGACGAAGCCGAGAAAGAAGAGGAAACUAUCUGCGAAGGAAAAGCCUCUGGUGCCGGUUGCCCAGCCCACCAAGAAGGAGCGCAAGCCUCCAUUUCCUAGAAGGCCUCCCACGCCUCCACCAACCAAAGAGCCAGAGCCAGAGAUUGUUAUACCCUCUGACUCUGAAGACGAUUCCGAGGCGUCUGACGAUGUUUACGAGACUCCCGUCAAGAAGACCACUGGUACCCCAGUGAUCAGGUCUACGCGCACGAGAUCGCGGAUCAUCCGGACCUACAAGGUCAACAAGACGAUUGCGAAGCCGAGCACUCCCAGGUCAGUGACGAGCGAGUCUGCUGUCGCGGCGGCCGUUGAGGAAGCUCUUGCAGAAGCUUCCGCGGCGAAGGAGAAUGGAAAGACCACUCGCAGGCUUACCAUCGGGAUCACCGAGAGUGUCACCGCCGCUAUCUCGGAUAGCGAAGGCCAGCCCCUUGCCCAGGUCAAGGGCACAUUCAUCGAGUCGAUGGAUGUCGCCGCCGAUGUGGCUAUUGAAGCCUAGACGAGUACACGAACUCCACGACGCCGGAACGAGUGCGAUGGGCCUUUUUUUUUUACCUUUUUUUUUUACCCACCAGCAUUUACGGGGUGGGAUUGGGUUGCAUUUUUUUUGUGGUUUUUUUUGUCCCCGCGGGGUUUACAGCGAUCAAUUUUUUUCUCCUUCACCCUUUUAGGGUUGUAGUGAGAGCUUGUACUGUUUUCUUUUCUUUCUUUGCGUGAUUUGUUCUCUGGGAAUAUUAUAGGGUUGCUUUUCGUCCGUUUUCUGCUGUCUACGUUAUUUUCUUUCCUUUUUUUUCGUGGGGAUUCUGGGGACUUCAGGACUUUCUGUGUACUAUAGUUUACCUUCGAGUACAUUUCUUCUUGCACGUACGUUAC